UAUUAUUUAAAUACGUGUUUAAAUGUUGAAUUAGCCAUCGUCCUGCAAUUUUUCUGUACAAUUUCCCCUUGUUGGAAGCUGGCCGAAACUUCAUUUAAGAAUUAUUUCAGCUGUUCUCAACUUAGCUGUUUGGUUUUAGCCGUUUUGACGUAAUGACGAAAAAGGUUGCAGUAAUAGGUUCUGGUGCCAGCGGACUGACUGCCAUCAAAUGUUGUUUGGACGAGGGGCUACAUCCAGUUUGUUUUGAGCGAACAGACCACAUAGGUGGUCUGUGGUACUACACAGACGACGCCAGAGAUGGCCAGGCUUGUGUGAUGAAAUCCACCAUCAUCAACACCAGUAAGGAGAUGAUGACCUACAGUGACUUCCCCAUUCCCAAGGAAUACCCCAUCUACAUGCAUAACAAAUACGUCCUCAAGUACUUCAACAUGUACGCCGACAAAUUUGACCUUAAGAAAUACAUAACGUUCAAAACAGAGGUGACAUCAGUAAGUAGGGGUUCAGACUUUAACACAACUGGUCAGUGGAACGUUACAACAAAAGAUUUAACGACGGGAGAAACCAAAGAUCACGUGUUUGAUGCCGUCAUGGUGUGCACUGGUCAUCAUGCUGACAAAAAUAUUCCAGACUUUCCUGGUUUAAAAGAUUUUGAGGGCAAGGUGAUUCACAGUCAUGAUUACAAACACACAAAAGGAUAUGAAGACAAGAGAAUCGUUCUCAUCGGCAUCGGAAACUCCGGAGUGGACGCUGCCGUGGAAUUAAGUCGUGUAGCAAGCCAGUUAUAUCUGAGCACAAGAAGAGGAUCCUGGAUCUUUAAUCGAGUGGCGGAUCACGGACUCCCAGGAGAUUUUGUGGCUUUUAGAAGAUCUCUAAGAGCUUUCGGAGUUUUGAUGAGUUAUUUUGGUACAGACGUGAACGAUGUAAUAGCGAACAGACUGAAUGAACGAUUUGACCACGCUAAGUUCUCUCUGCAGCCAAAUCACCCUCCAUUAGCCCAGCAUCCGACCGUACACGAUGAACUCCCUAACAGAAUUAUAAGCGGCUCCAUUAUCAUCAAACCCAACGUCAAGAAAUUCACUAAAACGGGCGUGGAAUUCGAGGAUGGGACAUUUGAAGAUAAUAUUGAUGUUGUGUUUUUAGCAACAGGAUACAUAUUUGGGUUUCCAUUCCUAGACAAGUCCGUAGUAGAAGUCAAAAAUAACAAAGUUGACCUGUACAAGUACAUGUUUCCCCCUGACCUGGAGAAGCCCACAUUGGCCUGUAUUGGAUUCAUACAGCCGCUAGGAGCAAUAAUGCCCAUUUCUGAACAGCAAUGUAGGCUCUUCACCAGAGUCGUCAAGGGAGACGUUGUUCUGCCAAGCAGAGAAGAGAUGUGGAAUAACAUCCGAAUGAAACACGAUGCCAUGCAAAAACAAUUUGUUCAUAGCCCACGGCACACUAUUCAAGUAGAUUACAUAAACUUCAUGGACGAAUUGUCAAAGCUAAAUGGAAAUUACCCCUAUUUAGGAAAACUAAUGCUGACUGAUCCCAAGCUAGCAGCAAUGGUAUUCUUUGGUCCAGUGACGCCUUAUCAGUACAGAGUUAUGGGACCUGGGAAAUGGGACGGCGCUCGACAGGCUAUACUCACUCAGAUGAAGAGAAAUGAUUACCCGCUCGCCACAAGACCUCUCGGCUUCUCUGAAACAAAAAGUCAAAAGAGCAGUAUCUGGAAAUUAUGUCUUAUCAUUUUAGUCAUAGCACUGGUGGCUAAUUACUUACUGCGGUCGUGAGCUUUUUUAUUCCAUUAAAAUUGUAUUUUUGAUUAAAAAUAAAUGAAUAUACAUGUAUAUGAUAGACAUUUUUAUCCCAUACUCCUGAAAUCUUAAAGAUAUGUCAUAAAUCAUUUUUAAAUAUAAUGCUUUUUUGAAAGUUCUGUUUUUCUGUGAUUAGAUAACUCUCUCUCUCUCUCUCUCUCUCUCUCUCUCUCUCUCUCUCUCUCUCUCUCUCUCUCUCUCUCUCUCUCUCUCUCUCUCUCAUAUAUUGAGUACUUUCAAAUAUUGUGUAUAUUUUAAAUUUUGUUUACUUGAAAUAUUGCUGUAAAUAUUUAUUGGCUUGUAUAAUAAACAUAAUUUCAUC